AUGGGGCUUUCUUUAUGGGCAAAAGGAAAGAAAGCGCCAAAUCCAGGACCAGGGAGAUAUGACGUUCCUGCUCCAUUUGGCGAAGGGCCCCAUUAUACUGUCAAAGGAAGAAUUAAACAAAGAGAUCCUGAUCCAGAACCGCCAAUUCGAUCAAUGACAUCAACAUUAAGCAAAAAAGGCUCAUCGUUUGGCUAUUCCGCAUACACACCGAAAGAAUUUCAGACGCCAGGACCAACAUAUUCACCUCCAAAAUUCGGAACAGACGGAAAAAAGGUUGCAUUUCGAUUUAAGCAACGAGAAAAGCCUGAUGAGAACCCAGGCCCUGGAAACUAUACAAUAUCUCGAGAACUUGAUACAACUCCAAUUGCAAUUGGCCAAGGAAAGCGUUGGGAUGCUGUAGAUCCUAACUCUUUCUCUUCACCAGCAGAACAUCCCGUUCCAAGAAGCUAUCCAGAAGAAAUUCCGCGAAAAAUUGGAAAAUUUAUUCCAAGACCUGAACCAAAAAGAUAUGGUCCUGGUCCAGCUAAAUACAAUAUGGAAACUAAUAUCAUUGCCGUUAAUACUCCUAUUAAAAUUGGAAGCAGUCUUCCAAUUGAUCCUGCAAAUGGAAAACCUGGACCUGCAGAGUAUUCUAUCAACAGAGAUUUGGAGAAUGUUAAUGCAGUUCCUAUCAAUCUCAAAGGAAGACCGCCUCUUCCUCAUGGAGAUAUUUGUGAUUAUCCAUACCAUAAACUUCCAGAUACAAUUCAGCCUAAGAAACUAUCUAUGGGCGUUAGACCAGAAACUAGCUAUGAAACAAUUAGCCCUGGACCCAUUUACGAUCAUGCUUCAACUUUAUCGAAGCAAUCGGCUUCAAUUGGAAGCAAAAUACCUAUUCCAGAUCCUCACAAAGGAAUACCUGGCCCAGGAACAUAUUUCAAAAUGCCGCCAUCGCAAAAGGCUGAUCCAUUUCAAGGAUUUCCAGGUUCCGCUAACCGUACGACGAUUGAUGAGCGUGAAGCAUCAAAUCUUCCAGGUCCUGCGGACUAUAAAUAUACUAGAGACUUCGAAAAGUUCGAAAGAGGCUUCUAUUUUACUUCAAGAAAAUUCAGAGAUUAUACACCAGAUACAGACGCUCCGUUUCAUGAUAUUCCAUCUACACUUGGUGGGCCUAUGUUUACUAUCGGAAAUAAGGAAGAUUUCUAA